CUGGCGGUGCAAAGCAUAUUUGCACAAGGUUGCAAUGAGGUCCGUAGUAUAAAGUGGCGUACUAUACGACUAUAUGUUAUCAAAUCUGAAUAAAAUCAGUUUUUCAACACAUGAUGUUGGUAUCUCUCCAUACACAUUAUUGAAGCUCACUGUGUGCAGUGGUGUCAGACUGGCAGAGUUGUAGCUGCAGAAUAAUUCUUUACAAUCGGUUUAGUAUCGACACUACCCCUGGAUUUCACUUAUGGGGAAACCAGUCAACAAACUCUUGAACACUGAAAUACCAGUGUAGGACCUAUUCAUCUGUCGUUCGGAUAGUGAAGGGAAGAACAAAAUAUGUCUACAGAGCAUAUAAAUUGGUUUUGUGGAAUAAACACAACAUUGGUUCAAGAUGAGGAUUUUCUAAACAGCACAUGCAAGGUGAACGGAACCAUCGUCGUAUCCCAGUUAGCCUUCAGCAUCAUCUUCAUCAUCACACCCCUCUUCCUGAAAUGCUGCACCUCAUACGGCAAGCUUCCACCCUCUCCGUUCGUCUUUCGACUACCAGGCCACACCCUCAGAUGGAUCCUUACCUUCGUGUACUCGGCAAUUUCCCUGGCCAUGAUCGGGGAGGGGGUACUCACCAACGACAGCUACAUCGCAUACGCGUUGCCAGGGCAACCGCAUCUGUACAUAACUGGGGUAUUCACGAUGAUAUCGGUGGUGGCAUCACUGCUGUACUACCACAUGAUGGAGAAGUGGAGAGCUAGAGCGAUGAUCUGGUUUCUCUUGGUGUAUUGGAUGUGGUCUCUCGUUAUCUUUGUCAUGAAGAUAGUGCAACUCGAACACCAAGGACUCGACGAUUGGCAGAUCUUUACAUAUGACGUGACUCUUGCGGUGAUUGUCCUUUCGGGAGCUCUACUUCUUAUUGAAUUGACACUCUUCUACAGCUUGGCGUGCCGUGGAUGCGGAGACCCCCUGAACGCCCCCAAACACCAGGACACCCAGAAGGCAUUCAUGAAAUACCGCCAAGAGCAUUCCAAUCUCCUCUCAUCGCUCACCUACUGGUGGAUGAACUGGCUUUUCAUCCUGGGUUACAAGAGGGCAAUUGAGCCCUCAGAUCUGGGCAACAUCCCGGAGGUUCACACCUCAGAGUACAACCAUCGGAUUUUCAAGAAAAACUUCGAAAAGGAGAAGGAACGGGCAGCGAGGAGGGGGCAAGAAAUCAGUCUGUAUCGAGUAUACUGGAAUACGUACUCGUUUAAAAUGGUGGCUGGAGGAUUGUUCAAACUUGCUGCAGACUUCUCCAACUACGUAGGACCACUGUGCAUCAGCGGCAUCAUCGUCUACGCAACCACAAGUAUUAAUACUGGGACACCUAAAACAGAAAAGGCUAUUCCCCAUUACACAACCACUAAUGAAUUCUUCUCCAAUGGCUUCAUCUUAGUUGGAUGUAUAUUCAUUGCAGCCAUCAUGAAAGGAAUAUUUGAUCAGUGCUACCAAUAUUUUUGUUUCAUCGAAGGUCUCCAUGCUAAGUCUGCUAUUCAGAGUAUGGUGUAUGAGAAGUCUCUUCGUCUGUCAACGUAUGCGAUGUCGGGUGGGAUGAUGACCCAGGGUCAGAUCACCAACCACAUGUCCCUCGAUGCCACCAAUAUUCAACAAUUCUUCAACUGGGGUAACGAGUUAUGGACAACGCCAAUUAAGUUUGGGGUGACUCUGUAUCUUCUGUAUCUUGAACUUGGAGUACCGUCUCUGAUUGGUGGAGCACUCCUCGUCUCUGUCCUUCCAGUACAGCUCAUCUUUGCCGGCUUCACAUCCAAGUAUAUCAAACAAGUCUUGCUUUACUCUGAUCAGCGAAUGAAAUACUCAAAUGAGAUGCUACAGGGAAUCAAAAUACUGAAACUGUACGGAUGGGAGCGCAUCUACUGCAAACUGGUCCAAGCAGAGAGAGCGAAGGAGAUGAGGGAGCUGGCCAAAGUGUACUUCAUCCAAGCUUGGAAUUUCGUCAUCAACAUUGGAAUUCCUACCAUGGUAAACUUAGUGUCCUUCAGUACCUACACACUUAUUACCGGUCGACCGUUGAGCCCAGACGUUGCUUUCUCGUCCCUCUACCUCUUCAAUUCCCUGGUCGACCCGAUGUUCAUCUUCCCCUACGUGAUCAGUCUCACAGUCAACUCCCACAUCAGUACGAAGAGAAUCAAGUUCUUCCUGGUCGCACCGGAGAUCGAGGGAAAAGAAUCCGAGAAGCAAGGCUCCGAGAAGGGGCCUGAAGUGUUUUUUAAUUCCGGGUCACUAAAGAGCAGCAUUCGUCUGUCGUCAGCAGAAGAGGAGCUAGACUCCACAACGCGUACUCCUCUUAUCGAUGGGCGUGACAACAAGAAGAAGUACAGUGCUAUGGAGGACUCUUCGUUACCUCCUAAGGAUGGCCUUCCAGGCGAAGUGGCUAUUAGGAUAAAAGAUGGAUGCUUCACAUGGGACCCUGACUCCCAUGAGGCCAUUUUAAAAAACAUCAACGUUGACAUACCGGCAGGGAAACUGACGAUCGUCGUCGGGACGGUUGGCAGUGGGAAGUCAUCCGUUUUACAAGCAGUGCUCGGAGAAAUGACGACGCUUCAAGGCCGAAUACAAAUAAGUAAAGGAUCAAAGAUCGCAUACGCCCCUCAGAAGGCGUGGCUUGUCAACACAUCUCUGAGGGAAAAUAUCCUAUUCGGAGAGCGUUAUGACCCAGCAAAGUAUCGGAAAGUGGUCGAAGCCUGCGCUCUGGCUCCAGAUAUCGACAUGUUACCUGCAGGUGAUGCGACAGAGAUUGGAGAGAAAGGACUCAACUUGAGCGGUGGUCAGAAGCAACGUGUUAGUGUAGCAAGGACUAUGUACUCAGGAAGAGACAUCAUAAUACUGGAUGACCCCCUGUCAGCCCUGGACAUGCAUGUUGGUAGUCACCUCUUUGAGAAUGGUAUCAUGAAGAUCUUGAAGAAACAGAAGCAGACCAUAAUACUCGUCACCCAUCAGCUACAAUACCUUCCAGAGGCCGAUAAGAUCAUCAUCAUGAAAAAUGGAAAGAUCUUGAGAGAAGGUGAGCCGGAUGAAAUAGGCCGGGAGGACCCAAGCUUGAUGAGAGAUUGGCAGCAAGCCAUCAGGCAGAUGAGCGAGUCAGAAACCGAGAUGUCCGAGUCCGAGGCACUGCUGGAGGAAAGGCGCUCGCUCAAGAGACAGAUAUCCUUUCUCUCUAGUGCAUCUACCAAGGAAGUAUCUUCGACGCAUGACGACAAUGAUGAUGAGCGAGGACGUCUCAUUGUGACAGAGGACCAGGAGAAGGGCUCCGUCUCUUACGGUAUCUACCUCUACUACUUGAAAGCCGUCGGGUAUUUGGUAGCUCUACUGGUCGCAUUUGCUUCCAUAGCGGGUGCAGCUAUAGAAAUAGCUACCAAUUUCUGGUUGGCUAGAUGGUCUGAGGCGAGUCUACAGACCAAUAACACCCAGCAAGCCAUUGAUGACGCGAGUUACUACAUUACAAACUACGCCAUCCUAUCCGCCUUCAACGUACUCUCCAGAAUGACGUACGUCGCCUUUAUUUGCUUUGGAAUGUACUUUGCCGCCAAAAAGCUGCACUAUCAGAUGUUACUCAACGUUAUAUCUAUCCCAUUAAGGUUCUUCGAUACGACGCCAACUGGCAGAAUUCUGAACCGUUUGUCAAGCGACACCCAACUUAUCGAUCAACGACUUGUGCAAUCGAUGCGUCUCUUUAUCAACAUUAGCGUGGUGCUCUUGUCUGCAUUCGUCAUCAUCAUCUCCGUCAACAUCUACUUCAUAUUCUUCGUGAUUCCCAUCGCCGUCGUCUUCGUCAUCUUGCUGAUGUUCUAUGUUGUCACAUCAAGGGAGCUCCAGCGUUGUGAGAGUGUCACACGGUCACCAAUUUUCGCCCAUUUCUCCGAGACACUGGGCGGAUUGCCAACUUUAAGAGCCUUCAAGGAUGAGAAACGAUUCUUCCAAACGGCAUUGGAUCGCAUCCUCAUCAACAACACAGUAUUUACAUACCUCAUCACCGCUCAGAGAUGGGUUGGAAUAAGACUGGAUAUGCUGGGUGCCGUCGUGGUUCUGUGUUCAAGUUUACUCUGUCUGCUUGGGGCAUUCUACUUUGGUAUUGAUGUAAGCCUCGUAGGACUGGCUAUUUCAUAUUCACUCGAGAUAUCACUUUUCAUGAACCUGAGUGUUCGGGCCGCUGCCGAAGUUGAGCUUCAGAUGAAUGCAGUCGAAAGAGUCAAGUACUAUGCAGAGCUGCCAACAGAAGACUACAGUGGUACUGAACCGCCUCCUUCCUGGCCUGACAAAGGUCUGAUUGAGAUGGACAAUAUCAGUGUACGCUACGCUCAGGAACUUGAUGCAGUCCUCACGGAUGUCGAUCUUACUAUACCAGUACAAAAUAAGCUUGGGAUUUGUGGUAGAACAGGGAGCGGCAAGUCGUCUCUAACCCUCGCCUUGUUUCGUAUCAUUGAUACAUUCAAAGGCCGCAUCGUCAUUGACGGGAUCGACAUCGCCACCGUUCCUCUCCUCUCCCUUCGUCAACGUCUCUCCAUCAUCCCACAAGAUGCAUUCCUCUUUACUGGAACUAUUAGGAGCAACCUCGACCCCACGAGUGAUAAGAGUGACGAGCAACUUUGGCAGGCAUUAGAGAUUGCCCAACUCAAAGAUAUUGUCACACAACUUGACAUGGGAUUAGACUACCAGGUAACUGAGGGAGGGGACAACUUUAGCGUCGGACAGCGUCAACUCUUCUGCCUUGCCAGAGCUUUCCUGAGAAACUCCAAGAUUGUCGUCAUGGAUGAAGCGACUGCAUCAAUAGACCAAGAGACAGAUCUGAUAUUACAAGAUGUCGUAGCAGAUGUCUUCCAGGAUAGGACCGUCUUGACUAUCGCACAUCGAGUGUCGACUAUCCUGAACGCGGAUUCGAUCUUAACGCUACAGGACGGAAAGGUGAUCGAGUACGACUCGCCAAAUAACCUCCUCGACGACGACACCAGCAUGUUUGCUUCUCUUGUCAAGGCAGGGAAGUAAUGGCUCAGGUGCAAACCCUAAGCGAAGGGUGAUAGAAUCGCGAAAAAUAUUAAACAAAUAAAGAGAAAAGAAAAUGGAGAAAUAGAAAAGUAAUGGGAAAAAGAUGAUUAGACAACUUCAUCACCCUUUUCUAAUCUUAGGCCAUGUUAAUUCGUAUUUCAUCCAUAUUGAAAGACCGGUGCCGAGUGCAAGUACAACCUCAAUGUCUAAGCCCAUGUGACGACAUCGAAGAAGGUUGUUUUUUCCAAAUAAGGAAGGUGAAAUAAGAUGAUAGAUGAUGAUGAUGAUAGUGGUCAUGUUGAUGAUGAUAAUCAUGAUUGUGUAUGAUAAAACGUUGUCAGCCAUUACAGGAUAUGGGCUGCGUUAUGGCGUUGAUACAGAAUUGCUUUGUUUUUCAUCUUUAAUAUACUAGUAACUAAAAUUCUGAUGAAUAGAAAAUACUUAAAGACACCCAGUCUCAAAGUAAUUUCCGAAUGAACAGGUAAAUGAGGAAAGUCCAGUGACAAAAAUAGGGAAUUAUGUGUUAAUGAUAUAUGCAUUAAUUUCUUUUUCAUAUAUUCUAUUUCUCCGGAGCAUCUCUGCUCUCUGCCCCCCCCCCCC